CUGGCAGCUACAGGUAAGCACACACAAGCCCGAGUCUACAACUCUGAGAUUACCGGCAAAGUACCCCGCGUCACUUUUUCUGAAACUUCCCAUCUGAUGCUGCAAAGAGUCGUCCCGCUAUGCUGACUGGAUUGGAGGCAACAGCGUUCCUGAUUCUCUGGAUUGCAGCUCCAGUUCACCUCCAGGAUGAAUGUGAGGGGAAUUCGUGUUAUCCUCACCUCGGUGACCUCAUGGUGGGCCGUGUCGCCCAACUCACUGCGUCCUCUACCUGUGGCCUCUACAGACCACAAAGCUAUUGCAUCCUGGGAUACCUGGAGAAUGUGCAGAAGUGCUUCAUCUGUGACUCUAGAAGCCCCUACAGUCCCUACCAGAAUCCCAACAGCCAUCACAUAGAGAACGUCAUCACCACCUUUGAACCUGAGCGCAAGCUGAGGUGGUGGCAGGCUGAGAAUGGUGUGCAUGAAGUCAGCAUUCAGCUGGACCUGGAAGCAAUGUUUCAAUUUAGUCAUCUGAUACUGACGUUCAAGAGUUUCCGGCCUGCUGCCAUGUUGGUUGAGAGGUCGAAGGACUUCGGUCAAACGUGGAAGGUCUUCCGGUACUUCGCAGAAGACUGUGCCAGCUCGUUCCCCAGCAUCCCCGAAGGGCCAGCAGAUAGCCUUGAUGAUGUCAUAUGUGAUAGUCGCUAUUCCGGGGCAGAACCUUCCACCGAUGGGGAGGUGGUGUUAAAAGCUUUGGAUCCCAGCUUUAAAAUUCAUGAUCCAUACAACCCCACUAUACAAGAGCUGAUCACCAUAACAAACCUGCGCUUAAACUUCACACGUCUCCUAACCCUGGGCGACACUUUGCUCUCACGGCGGAGAAGGAACCCAGAAGACAAGUAUUAUUACGCCCUCUAUGAGAUGGUGGUUCGGGGGACCUGCUUCUGCAAUGGUCACGCCAGUAAGUGUGUCCCUCUGGACAGCGUACGUGGAGACACCUUCAGGGAGCCUGGCAUGCUGCAUGGUAGAUGUGUUUGCCAACACAAUACAGCUGGGUACAACUGUGAGCGUUGUCAAGACUUUUACCAUGAUGCCCCCUGGAGGCCAGGUGAAGAAACAGACUGGAGUGUUUGCAGAAGGUGUAACUGUAAUGGUCACUCAGAGAAGUGUCACUUUGAGCUGGCUCGCUACCUGGCCACCGGGGGGGUUAGUGGUGGCGUGUGUGAAAACUGCAGGAACAACCAUGUUGGACCUCAGUGUGAGCUGUGUGGUCCUUAUUACUACCAGGACCCCCAGCGCUUUGUGGAGGACCCUGAUGCAUGUAUACCUUGUGAAUGUAAUCCAGAUGGUUCAGUGGACGGGGGACUCUGUGAUCCAGUUACUGGCCAGUGUGUGUGUAAACAGAAUGUGGAAGGGGUGCGCUGUGACCGGUGCAAGUUUGGCUUCUACGGAUUCAGCCGGGACGACCCCAGUGGCUGUCAGUUGUGUGGGUGUAAUUUCAUUGGCACCAUUCGCACGGGCAACCCUUGUGAUCAGACCACAGGAAGGUGUAUCUGUGAGCACUCUGCUCAGGGCCCACAGUGUGAUGAGUGUCUGCCAGGUUACUGGGGCCUAGGGAAUACAGUGUAUGGCUGUAUACCUUGUGACUGUGACAUUGGUGGCGCCCGGAGAACUGAAUGUUCCUCAGAAGAUGGCCAGUGUGAAUGCAGGCCUAACAUGGUGGGUCUCAGAUGUAGUGACCCCGCUGCUGGAUAUUUCUUGGCUCCACUUGAUUUCUAUAUCUAUGAGGCUGAGAACGCAGUGCCUCUGGUGGCUCUACCAUUGGUGAAACCUGAAAGACCAACCAAACUUCCUCUUUGCCCGGUUGCCCCAAAACCCCCUCCAACACCUAAACAAGAAGUGCCCUACCCCACAAUACCCUCGGCAGUCACUCCUGCCACAUCAAAGUAUCCUGUCACCCUACCGAUCUGUGAGCACUACUUCAGACAGAGGGGUUAUGACUUCAAGAUCACCAACGGGAUGAUUGUAGUGAUCAAGCGUGAGAAACGACAUGCCAGAAGGCGAAGACAAGACCAGAGAACCAUCAGCUUUGAACCAGGCUUAUCUCUUCAAAUCAUCCCGAGACAGCGCACCCCAGACAAGCCUGUCACUUGGACUGGACUUGGUUUCGUGCGAGUUCAGGAUGGAGCAGGACUCAGAUUUACCAUCACAGAUAUACCAUCAACUCUUGACUACUAUUUAGUUGUCCGCUAUGAACCAGAGUCCACUGAUGACUGGACAGCAACUGUGCAUAUUGUAUCUCUUGGAUCAGGAGAUGGAAGUUGUCCAAAUGACCCAUCGGAUAAAGUCUUUACUCUUCCAGGGUCUGUAAGGGCAGCCACUCUGGAUGUUCCAUUGUGUCUCCGCUCGGGUGAUCAAUACCACAUGGAGUUUACUUUUAGGAAACAGCCUAAUGCCAACCAUCUGUCCAGCUCAUUCAUCCUAAUAGACUCGCUGGGUCUCAUUCCUAAAAUGGAUUCCCUUCCGAACUUCUGCUUGAAGUCACACCUAGCUGAGUUUCAACAGUACCGCUGUAUUGAGUUGGGAGCGCAGGUGGGAGAGCACACACUUCCCAAAGUAUGCGAGAGGCUUAUUGGAAGUAUAUCCGCCUUUAUUCACAAUGGUGCAGUCACUUGCAACUGUCAUCAAGUUGGAGCGUAUGACUCAUCCUGCAGUAAAUUUGGCGGACAGUGCGAAUGCAAGCCAAAUGUUAUAGGCCGCUGCUGUGAUUCAUGUGCUCCUCUGACGUAUGGGUUCGGACUCGAUGGUUGCUCACUAUGCGACUGUGAUCCGUCUGGCUCUACCGCUGAGUUGUGUGACCAGAGAACCGGUCAGUGUCCAUGUCGAGAUGGGGUGACUGGCCGUCGAUGUGAUAAAUGUUACCCUGGUUACUAUGGGUUCCCCCUGUGCAGACCUUGCCAGUGCAACAAGCUUGCCGACAUAUGCGACCCCGUCACUGGAGUCUGUCUCAACUGCAGGGAUCACUCCACGGGACCCGACUGUGAAAGGUGUAAAGAUGGUUUUGUUGGUGACCCUAUCUCUGAGGAACCUUGUGAGCCAUGCCUUUGCCCAGAGCUGAAAGGAAAUGGACCUUUCUUUGCUAUUUCCUGUAACAAAGAUCCGUACUCUGGGGUCCCAUACUGUGAAUGCCUGCCUGGACAUACAGGCCUACGCUGUGACAUGUGCGCUCCUGGUUACUACGGUGACCUGAGAUUGCCAGGUGCCCGAUGCGAUGAGUGUUAUUGCAACAAGAACAUCGACCCAGGUGAUGGCGAUGCAUGUGAUGCUUUAACUGGCGAGUGUUUGCGCUGCUUGCGCAACACCGAGGGGCCACGCUGUCAGAGUUGCAAACGUGGAUACUAUGGCAAUGCACUCGCUCAAGACUGCAAAGAGUGUUCUUGUGACCCGAGGGGCACAGAGGUGUCAAAGUGUGCCGCUGGCAGCCCCUGUUUCUGUGACCAGGAGACCAGCCAGUGUCCGUGCCGGCCAGGUGUUGAGGGAGGCCUCUGUAAUGAGUGUGUGGAUGGUUACUGGAACCUAGAUGGAGAGUCUGGGUGCCAACCAUGUAACUGUGACCCAGAAAAUGCCCUCAGCAAUGUCUGCGACAAGAUCACAGGGCAGUGCCUCUGUCCGCCAGAUUAUGGAGGCAGACAAUGUGAUGAGUGUGGGCCAAACCACUUUGGAGACCCGGAUAUCCAGUGCAUGUCUUGUGACUGUAAUAUGGAGGGCACGAUUUACCCAGCCUGUGACCCUAACACGGGCGAGUGCUUGUGUAAACCGGGAGUGACGGGUCUUUUCUGUGACGAAUGCGGCCCUGGUCACAACACCAACUUUCCCAUCUGUGAGCCGUGCCAUACCUGCAACCAGCUCUGGGAGAAGAUCGUCUCAGAUGUUAAACUAGAUACUGAGAGGAUGGAAACUAUAAUGCCUUGUCCAGAGAACUCUCGGCCUAUACCUGAUCUUGAACGGUUACAAUUGCUGCUGGAGAAGCUGCAAAGUCAGCUUAACGUGACGGAUGUGGAUGAAGUAAAAAAACUGGAGAAGCUCUUGGCACAAAUUAGGAAUGAAACGGAGACCAUAGACCCAAACCUAAUAAUUAUCGAUCCAAGCCCACUGCUCAACACUGACAUCGACAACAUUCACCUUGAGUUCAAUAGGCUGUUGAAGAAUCUACAAGAGAAGAUCAAAGAUAUUCCAGUGACCGACGUAAAAGCUCUAAAUGACAAUUUGAACAAGAUCAGGAAGCUCUAUGACGAGUUCACUGAGAAUGAGAAGAAAGUGGAAGCAGCUAAGAAGGCCCAAGAAGCCUCCAAGAAGACGAGAGCGAACGUCACACUGGAGCUUACCAAAUGUCGCAUAGGAGAAAUAAAUAAACUGGAGAAGAAUGUGAACGCUCUGAGUGUAGCCAAACUGAACGAGGAGAUCUGUGGAGCUCCAGGUGAUGUGAAGUGUGAACAGGCAAAAUGUGGUGGAGCUUCAUGCGGGAAGUGCGGAGGUCCGGGCUGUGCGGGGAGUUUACCCAUCAGCCUCGAUGCCUCCAGACGGUCAGAGUUGACUAUGAAGAACAUUACAGACCUCCACAGUAAACUCAAGGAAGACGCUGCAAAGCUCAUUAACAUGACAAAAUUGACCGAUGACAUCAAAGAUCAGGCAGAGGACAUGAUGGAUCAAAUGAAUCAGUCUAAAGACAGAUUUGAGAAGGAAAAGACUAACACCAAGAAACUUCUAGAGAAUAUCAAGAACUACCUGACAGAUGAGCUGGUGAAGCCGGAGGACAUUGAGAAACUGGCCAAAGCUGUGUUGUCAAUUCAGCUGCCCAAGUCCCCUGAUGACAUCAAGAAGAUGAUCGAGGAUAUCAAGAACAUCCUGGCAAACGUCACGGGCUUCAAUGAAGAUCUUGAACGCUUGGAGAAAGAAGCCAAAAUAGCUGAAGACAUGAAAGAGAGGGCGAAAGACAUUUUAGACAGAACAAAGCCAAUUGACGUGAAAGAUAUUGAGAAAGCGUUGAAUGAUACAGCCGAGCUUCACGAAAAGAUUGUCAAAGAUCUGGCCAAGGCAGAAGACAACAAUGACAUCAUCAAUGAAAAACUUAAUGAAACUACUCCUAAACUGGAAAGAAUUGAGGAUAAUUUAAAUUCAACCCGAACAAAAGAAUUACUAGACGAAAUGGAGGCCUUAAAUGGCAAAACAGAAAUGAACAGAGUUCAGGGGAAAGAGGCCAAGGAUGCAGCCGAUGUUGCCCUCAACAGCGCCGAAGACGCCAAUAAGGAUCUUGAGGAGCUGAAGGAGCAGUUUGAGAAAUUAAAAUCAAACAACAAGAACCAGAGCGUUAAUGAUGAGGCCAGUGAACGUCUGAAGAACAUUACAAUGGAGACAGAAAAGCUGGCUAAAGACGUUGAAGAUAAAAUGAAGCAAAUUGAAGACUUGGAGAAGAGGAUUCUAGAUGCAGCCCAAAGAAAAGAAGAGAAGAUGAAAGAUUUGGAGGACCUCCAGAAGGAGGCAAACGAUUUGAAGAACUUCAUUGUUGACAAAGUGGAAAAAUACGGGCUGUGCUCCACAUAGAGGCUUCCCAUCUUUAAAAUUCAAGGAAGUUUUACCAUUGGACAGUGCUGAAGGCAAUGCUCUGCAAAGGAUAAGGGGAUCAGUUCCUUUACGGGUUGGCUUGCUGACUUUUUGCUUAAAAUGUUUUGCAACAAACGGGUCCUCAUCAACUACCAGGAAUGGUUCUGUUUUAAACGACUACAGAUGUUUAAUAUUCCAUAUUUAAUAUACACGUAUAAUUUCAUUAUACAUUUUUUAUUGUAUUUAGUAACAUCACAAACUAGAGGCAAGUUCUAUUUUGAAAUGUAUGAUCUUGCAUGUCCACAGGGGGGCUCAAGAGAUAAACCAAAAAAGCCCAACCCACAAAGCAUACAUGUUUUGUCUAUGUUUAAGAAAGGCUCUGGUCCUUUGUGAAGCAUGCAACUAGACUGAAAAAUAGGAUUUACAUGGGCAAAGAUGUUAUAUAAUGCUUUUAAAGUUAUUCCAAAUUGUGUGUGCACUUUUUCCUCAAUUUAGCAUCAUGCAAGAAUAAGCAGCUCACCCAGGCGUUUAACAUUUUGCUUGUUUUUGUUUGCUGCCUAAUGAAUAAGCUAUGAAAACUUAAGGUUUCAGAGUGAAGCUUUACAGCUGCCUCAGUCAGUCAAGUUUACAUAGGACGCCUGCUGCUUUUGGAAUGUGUGCGUUUAUCUCUCACAGGAUGGCGUCUCUUUUGUGAUGCGGUGUUAACAGCCUCUCCAUUUACUUUUGACUUGCAAACCCAAAGGUAUUUUACCGAGUUCUGUUGAUCGUUACUUCAUUGAUCUCCCUGAGUGGAUCUCCCACCCCCCUUCAGCUGCUUCAGUGCUGGGACACUUUUCGUCUGAGAUGAUUAUAAAGUCACCAAAAUCUAAGACAAAGGGAAACAUCUAAAGCAGAUAAAGCUAUAUAAUGUGUGUGUCUACAACAAUAAAAUUGAU